AUGUCACCCCCCACACGAUGCCAGAGCCUGACAGCGGCGUUGACAUGGCUAGCACUCUCCGCGUCUGCUGUUGCACAACAAAUCUCGCCGUCAAACAACUCUGCCGACCUCUUUCCUGCCUCCGAUGCGCCCAGAUACACCCUCAAUAGCACACUCUGGGCAAACGUAUCGGUCGAGCUCGCCGCUCUCGGACCAUACAAUGCUGUCAGUCACCGUAGCUUCGUAUCGACAGACGUCAACGGCCACCUCAUCCCCAUCAACGCCGCCAACGCCAACAGCGACUUCAAGUCCCAGCUCCCAAACUUCUUCUACAUUUCCUGCGAUCCCGAAGAUUACAAUGGUGGGAACAUACCGGCUGAUGAGGUCUUUCGGAUCGCGAUCAACAACAAUGAGGCGUAUCUGAUCGUCCUGUACUCCAGGACAUCGAAUCAUUGUCUAGCGACAAACCUCGAACAACUGCCCGAAAUCUUCUCUGUCAUGACGACCACUUCCUCAAGAGUUGCAGACCAACUCGCAUCUCUCGACCUCACGUCUCCGUUGGACGGACCAACAGCCACGCUGCUGCCAGACAUGAGCUCGUUCAGCAAUCAAACCGGCAAUCAGCCAUGGAGUGGAGGAAACACCAGCACAGCAUGGACAAACAGAUCACCAACCACUGCCGUAGCUAUGAUCAUCCUGUACUCCAUCACAGGCGUCAUCACAGCGCUGUUCAUCACCAUAAUCGUGACCGGCGCCAUCCGCGCACAUCGCCAUCCGGAAAGAUACGGCCCGCGAAAUGUCAUGGGACGAGGCAGACAGAGUCGUGCAAAGGGGAUAGCGAGGGCGAUGUUGGACACUAUCCCAAUUGUCAAGUUUGGCGAUCGCAACGAUGGUUCCGGAGGGGCUGGAGCUGCGGCUGUACAGAAAGCGCCGUCGGUCUCUGGGACGAGUCAUGGAGAUGCGAAUCGCGAUAUUGAGAUGACGGGCGGCAUGACCCGUGAAUCAGGCACAGAUGGCGACAGUCCUGUGGCGGGCAAGGAAGUCACAGCGAAGGGCGCGGCAGCCGACACAACAACCACAGAGAUCGUGCCCACGCCUAUUGACGAAGAACCAAAGACCCUCGCCGCAACACCGCCACAAACCAACUCCAGCUCCGCAGCCCCCGCAACCGGCGCCACCACCUCCGAAGCCGCCACCACAAGCCCCAGCGCCUCCACGACCGAUACAACAUCGCCAAACACAGAACCACCACCAACCACAACCAACACCGCAGCCACAACCUCACCAACAACCUGCUCCAGCUGCACCGACGACUUCGAGCUAGGCGCCGACGUCCGCGUCCUGCCCUGCAACCACCACUUCCACCCGGAAUGCGUCGACCCUUGGCUCCUCAACGUCUCCGGUACCUGCCCGCUAUGCCGCAUCGACUUGCGCCCUCCGACCUCAGACGAUCCCGAUUUGAACGAAGAAGCGCUGGGUGGCUCAGAUGACGCCCGCAGAUCAGGCUCAAUACAAAAUCCCGAAGCCGCGCUCUUCAGAGUCCGCCCAGCAGGGCGAUACCACGGUCUAGGCGGACUAGGCGGGAUCGGUCAGCCGGGGAUGGUGGUAUACGACGCGCGACCACCUGUGACAGCCGGCUUCAGAGCUGGAGAGGACUUCAUCAUGGCUAGCUCGUUACGCAGUGGGCGGUCCAGGGGCACGAGAAGGCGGAGCUCUGCUGCUGGCGUUCCCGCAGAGUCCAAUCAAGGCAACGGUGCACCCGCGUCAGGAACAGCAACAUCAACGGGCGCAUUCGCAAGCCUGCGCCAAGCCCUCGCAUCGUCAAACCAGCAGGAAAGGAUAGCGGCAUUGAGAGACUUUGCUGCUGUUUCGCGGCGCGAGGCACGGCAGGGCGCGGCUAGCAGCAGCAGUAACACGACUGCUGGGGGCAACUCCAGUGCUUCCACGGUUGCGAUUCGAGCGGAAGAGCAUCAGCUCAGCAUCGCCCAACGCCUGCGCGAAAGGCUUAGGGUCAGGACUGAGCGACGAGGCUCUAGCUCCCUUGCGAGCACGAUCAUAGGUGGCCCGAAUUUCAGGCAACCGGGAGGCAGGGGCGCGGAAUACACAGUUGACGACGAGGGACCGACCUUGGGCCAGAUCAGGAGUCGGGAGCAUGUUGGUGGGCGGCCGUUGUAG